UGUUUUCAGAAAGUUCUAAUGGAGUCGGAAUGCUGAAUGUAAAGAGAUACAAAUGCAAGAAAACUUUUCCUGAUUCGAUUUCUCAUCAAGGAAUUUGAACUCUUAAGUGAGAAACUAGGCGCCGAGUAAUUGUUCAAGUAUGAUUGAGGACUGCAGAUUUUUGAAUACUUUAUGUGGUCCAAUGCGUUUUUAACAAUCUCGUGGGCUGUGGUUUUUAGCUUCGCUCCAAUGGUUUUAAAAUCUCGAAGGAAUAUCAAGUGUGAAUUUUUUUUCUUCCUUGCAAUCAUGUGACGUCGAUUCGAUCGAAGCAAGUUGUCUUUAAACAACGGAUAACUCUCAAAGGAAAGAAGCAAAACUUCUUGUGAACAGAAAGUUAACAGUUUUGACGUUCAGAGAAUAGCGCGUGUUUACUGUACGGGCUGAUCAUCGAACUGUGUAGCAGUUGACAUAAUUUCAGCGUCUGGACGCCCAGAACGCCCAAAGAAUUUUAUCGUCAAAUUACGCGCAGUAUUCACAGUGGAACAUGCCACUUUUCAAAGGAAAAGACAAAGAGGAUGACACUGAAGGAGAUCGGAAGAAAAUGCUGCCGAAUAUGAAUCUCCCAAGCAUUGAUAAAACCAAAAUCAAAAGCUCACUGAAAUGUGUGAAAUGGAUCCAAAAGAAGAUACAGAAGAAAGGAGCUGCAUUUCCGCUCUUUAUGAUUCUCCUGAACGCCGCUUACCUAACUUUAGGGGGACUUAUAUUCAUGGCUCUAGAGCGGCAACCUAAAGUUGUUGUAAAUACUUCCCAAGAAUUGGUGGACAUUUUCAAUGUUUUGAAGAAUUCUGAAAUAAGUCAGAACUUGUCGCUAUCCGAUGGAAUAAAUGUACCUGGUUUAGUGCAAAAUCUCACUUCGAAAGAUCUAGAAAAACUUGAAGGUGUUCUUUCUCGAAUAACCAACCAACGUACGGCUGCAGCCAAAAAGGAAUGGAACAUCUAUAAUUCUAUCUUCUUCUGUAUGACUGUAACAACUACAAUUGGUUAUGGAAACUUGUCCCCAGUAACAGUAGCUGGCCGCGUCAUUUGUGUCAUUUACGCACUACUAGGAAUACCACUGACCCUAGCACUCCUUGCUAUCGUUGGUAAAAUUUUGGGUGAUUACAUAAACGACGCAUGCGCUUGGCUUCUUAAAUGGUAUAGGAAAGUUCACAAGUCGUACGAAUAUGAACGAACUGUCCAAGACGGAGAUGAUGGCCAAGUGGACGCUCCUUUGUGGAUGGGUCUGUUAAUUCUUCUUAUCUUCACCACUCUUAUGGCUGGGCUGUUUUGUUGGAUAGAAGGAUGGGAUUUUGGCACCUCUCUUUAUUUUCAAUACAUAACGUAUCUUACCAUUGGGUUUGGAGACGUCGUACCACAGAAAGAGCAGCUCGUCUUCGUGAAUAUUUUCCUCGUAUUCCUUGGCCUGUCGGUCCUUUCCAUCACACUCAGUAUGAUCGCAUCUAACAUUCACCAUCAAAUGCAGAAAGCCUCAUUUAUUGAGAAACUUAAAGACACUGAGUUGUCAGAUUCUUCCUUCGUUGGCUCAGCCGUGGGGAUUGGGGACGAGGAGAUGGGUGAUGGCAACGGAAAUAAAGGAAGGAGAGGGUCUGGAGAUGACAGCGCAAUCACCAAACAGGACUCAAAUGGUGGAAAAUCUUACGGGAGCACAGAAAAUGGUCCAUGAAACGUCUUUAUUUUCAGAGAACAACCGUGUUUCGUCAGAAUUCAGUGUUAAUUUUGGUUUGCGAACUUCUUUAAGUCAAGAACUAACCCCUAACAUAGGUAGAUGUGGCUAUUGCAAUUCUGAAUGAAACAUUUAAUUAUUUUCCCCUAUACAGGGCUAAUCUGGAAAUGUUUAUUCAUCAUAAUAAUGGCAAUUAAACUUAUCUGUAGCUCCUAGAGGAGACAUUUGAGAACCAAAACAUUAUGUUCCAAAUUUAAAGGCCUUCUGUGUGUGCUUGAGAUGCGUACAGCCAUGUGCGCACGAAUGCGCGUUUCCCGUGCUUCGUAAAUGUUACACGCGCAUGUAAUGUCUCUGUCGGUGACUUAUAAUUUACCAACGAUCUCUUCUCCUUCGGCACAGUUGUUUAUUGAGGAGGAAAAUUAAAGAAAACUGGCCGUAAUCUGGAUAAUAAGAAAAGAAAAAGGAGUAAAUUCCUCUUUUCACGGUGUAAUAGUUGUGCUUUCCUUCUUCCUGCCUUUUAUGAAAGGCUAUUUUCCUAAAUCGAUGGAGAUGGAAAUAUCUCUUUCCACUGAGCUUCGCUAAGGCAAGGAAAAGUUUAAUGUGAAAAAAAUUGAUGCCACUGGACGCGAAUUAGAGAACCGAAAUCUAUUGCCAUACGGCAAUUUUGAACAAAAAUACGCAAAGCUGUCGUAAUUUGGCAGCUAAAAAGUGUCUAAAAUUAUCCAAAGUUAUCUUAUACGAGUAUAUCGUUAUUAUUUUCUGCUUUUCCGAUAAGGUCAAUGUAUAUUGAUUACCAUCAAUCAGCCUGGAAUUCUUGAAAAGAAACAAUUAUUCAAAGUUAUUUUUGUAUCCAUUUUAAAAGGGCAUUCAUUACUGUAAAAUCUGUAAAAUUUUUCUUUUCUUUGUUCACAGAGUGCGCGUACAACUAUUGAAUGAUUAUGUGAUGUUAGAGAUUUUCAUAAAGUUUUUUUUUCCAGUUUUUGAUUAAGAGUGAAUCUUGAGAGAGAGCAAAAGAUAUGUUCAGUUGUAAACU